CACACACACACACACACUGCACAUCGAUCCAUCGCCACCUUGUUUGUUCACGCUGCUGCUGGAGGUUCACCCCUGCUCUGACUCUGACGCAUGCCCACAGCCUCGCUCCUCCUCUCCCCACGGAUCCCCAUGGUAACGCGCGGAGGAGAGAGCGGUUUAGCAUCACGGAGACGGAGAAGGAGACUGAGAGGGAGCAUCUCUGGUCCAGACAGCGCGGUGCCUUAAUUCAGUAGGGUAAACCUACACACAGAGCAGAGCGCGGCGAGAGGAAAACAUCUUCUGUAUACUGAUAAUGAAGUUCGUGGUGGUGCUUGUGGCAGCGGGCACCCUGGCCUUCCUCGGCGCGGUCAUCUGCAUUAUCGCCAGCGUUUAUCCCCGGAAACGCGACGCGCCUCUUGGCGACAACGGCACCCUGACAUCGGAGAAUCCGUUCGAGCCCCUGGAGCCCGGAUCGGUGGCACACGCCGGACCGCUGGGCGCUCUGCACGGCGCCGAGUCCUACGAUGGAGAGAACGGGCUCGGCGGCAUUGGCCUGGAGGUCCCCACUCUGAACGAGCUCAACCUCGGGGAGGAGAUCGGCGCUGGGUCCCCGAAACAGUUCAGCUUCAGCCGGUUGAUCUGCACCCCUGUACCGGUCGGGGAAUGCAAGACCAAAGAUCUGAGGCAGCGGCGGGGGGGACAGCAGCAGCAGCAGCAGGCGGACGACCCGCUGUACGGCGCCGGGGAUGAAGACUGGACUUAUCUCCGGACCACAGCGGAGGACCUCCGUCAGAUGGUCCUGCAGCAGAACGACCAGAUCCUCAUGGACCAGAGGACCAUCCGGGAGCUCACCGGGAAGCUGAGCGAGUGUGAGAGCGGCCUGGAGGACGAGAGGAACAUCCCAGAGCGGAGCAUCGGGGUCUGGAGCGGCAACCGCCGCGUCAUGGCCGGGGACGACGUGAGCUCCUCCGCCGCGGCGCAGCUGCAGACGGCGCGGGCUGUGGAGGAGCUGGCCAGGGCCAUCAUGGACCUCAAGGACCGCAUUGAGAAACUCGAGGCCGAGAUAGGCCCUGCUGCCUUGAACCUCACCGACACAUCUCCCCCAUCUAAGGGCUCCCCGGUGCGUGGAAAGGGCACCUGGAGGGUGGAGGACCUGGAGGGGGAGCUGGAGAGGAAGAUAAAGAUGUUGGAGAAGGAGCGCCAGGCCAUGAGGAAGGAGACGCAGGGCCAACACGAGAAGAUCAACCAGGGCCUCGACACCGUCAACCACCGCGUCACUGAGCUGGAACACACGCUGACAGAGCCGCCGUUCCCUGAUGGCUUCAUCCUCUCCUUCCCCAUGCGAACCAACUACAUGUACGGCCUGGUGAGAAAGGAGAUCACAGAGAUGUAUGCCUUUACUGCCUGUGUGUGGCUGAAGGCCAAAGAAGGAGGCAUCGGCACCCCCUUCUCCUACUCAGUCCCGGGGCAGCCCAACGAGCUGGUGCUGCUACAGGGAGUCCACAACCCUGUGGAGCUGCUCAUCAAUGACAAGGUGGCGCAGCUGCCUCUGUCUCUACCACAGGACGAGUGGCAGCACAUCUGUGUCAGCUGGACCCUGAGGGAUGGGGUGUGGAAAGCCUACCAGGGGGGGAAGAUGAAGGGGAGGGGAGAGGGACUGGCUGCCUGGCAUCCCAUCAAACCAGGAGGAGUCCUCAUACUGGGACAGGAACAGGAUACAUUGGGCGGGCAUUUCGAUGCCUCCCAGGCACUGGUCGGGGAACUUUCCCAGUUCAACCUGUGGGAUCGGGUGUUAAAGCCAGCAGAGGUUGGCGCCCUGGCCGAGUGCAGCUCCUCAGCACUGGGCAACAUCGCCCCCUGGACCGACCAAGACGUAGAUGUGUACGGCGGUGCCACCAAGGAGUCCCUGGACCCGUGCCACGCUGCCCAGAGGUCCAACCCCUCCAGCCCCAAACAGUGAGGGUUGACUGGGAGAGAUCAGCCAAUGGUGGCUGUGUUUGCUAGGUCGAUUUAGGAGACAAUGAUGUAUAACAAUGUAUCACAUUGGGGUUUACAGUGUAUUUGUUGGGGAUGGGAAGCUUGCUGGUGGACUGAAAUAUGUGAUGGUGCGAUUAAGCCGUUAAGAGCGGUGUAUGUUUUGUUUUUAAGCGUUGGUGUCCACGCUCGUGUGUUUACCUCUGCACUGAGAUACACUGAGUUUAGUCACAGAAUCACCUUAGUGAAGGCUGCAUGGGUGGAUCACCUUCUGGCAUGAGCGGGACUCUUAUGGAAGCAUUUAGAUGAAUUAUUGGCUGUGGUUAAAUGUACCAGCCUCAGUUUUAGGUAAUAAUCUGUUGGGCCAGUUAGCCUUACAUGGUUAUUCAUAUCUAAGGGUUUCUUAUUUUACAACAAAGAGACACAUAACGUUCUCAUCUUGUUGGUUGUGUUUAAUGCUCAAACUGAAUUCUGAGAUGCUAUCGUGGUUAUAUUGAUUUCAACGCUCAAUGGGAAACAAAAUGAGUUUUGUUCAUUUUUAACUGUAUAUGAUCCUGUUGAGUGAUGUCUCUGUACUGUUAGCUUUUUACACUGCAUACCAUGAUCAUGUAAAACAGUGGUCUUAUUAAUGUAUAUUGUGUAACGUAUCUCUGCUAAUGUUGCUCUGUGCCAGUCUGCUCCCCUUGCUGUAGCCUCUCAUACACCUCACACUCCUGCAAAGUUAAGUUGCAGCAUUUUUGUUUGUGACUUAGCACAGCAGUGCUCUCAAUCGACCUCUGGAAGAAACACUCGAUGUCUAUCUAAGCACCAGUCAGACACUGACAUUGUAACAAAAAUGAGUGAGUUUGGUAAAACUGUGUUGUAUCCUUGAAUGUAAACCGGAUUGAAUGUAAGUGUAUUUGCAUGAGCAAAGUCACAGUUCCUGUCACUAAAGAAACAAACGCAAAAUGUGUAAAUUACAGCGUUGGUGUCCCCAAACUGCCCCACACUCUGAAGCACACAGAUGUCUAUUUGGUAAAUCAAUCCUCACAGAAUGACAAUGACGGAGGUGUAUUAAGUGGGUUGAUUAUAUAUGUAUAUAUGUACUUAACAGCUGAGAAAAUGGAAGAACAAACAAAAUAGUAUGAGCAAAACUCUGGAUGCAUUUAUUUGUCUCCAAACUUGAUGCAUUUUUUUCUCAUUCCCUGUUAUAAAAACGUAUGUGGCCAAAACUGUCACUUAUAACUUAAAAAAACUACAAAAGACCUAAAACUAUGUUUACGUUUGAAGAUAGUAUACAAGAAAUAUUUCCUUGGUUGGCACUUGCAAGCUUGUUUAUCAAAAAGGAGUGUAAUUUUGCACUCUGAAUGAAGGUUGAGUUGGUAAUGUGGUGGUAAAAUAUUGAGCAUGAUCGAUACAGCAUUAAAUUAAGAUUACUGGCAGUUACCUUCAAUGAUAGACUUUCUCUGAUGCAAGCCAUCCAUGUUACCUUGAUUUUCAGGCGCAAAUUAUUUACAGCAAAGCCGGUUAUAUUGGACCUUUCAACUCUUUUAUAGUCAUAGUCGGUGGAGUUAACUGUUAAUGUAAAUCAUAGUAAAGGAUGGUUAAAUCAAAGACAAUAAUUACAGCAAGUGCUGUUUGGUUCUUCCUUUUUACAUAAAAGAA